GAACAGAAGAGCUGAUCACUCCUCACGUUGACGCGCAGAGGCAAACGGUGACUAAAUACAUUGAUUGAUAUAGAUUGAUUGAUCGGCAUCAUGGCUGAGUGGACAGAGAAGGAGCGAAGCACGAUCAGUGCUGUUUGGAAAGAAAUUGAUAUCGAUGAGAUUGGACCAGAAGCUUUAGCAAGGGUGUUGAUUGUCUACCCCUGGACCGAGCGGUAUUUUGGUAGUUUUGGGGACAUCUUCACCGCAACUGCUGUUCUGAAUAACGCCAAAGUGGCAGCCCAUGGCAGGGUGGUGCUGAAGGCUCUGGACAAAGCGGUGAAGGACAUGGACAACAUCAAGGGGACAUAUGCUGAUCUGAGCCGGCUGCACUGCGAAAAACUCAACGUGGACCCUGAUAACUUCAGACUGUUGGCCGACUGCAUCACAAUUGCAGUGGCCUGCAAACUCAGGAGCACCCUUGACCCUCAGGUCCAGGCUACCUGGCAGAAGUUCCUGUCUGUUGUGGUCGAUGCUAUGGGCAGUCAGUACACUUGAAGAGCUGAACA